AUGUCGUCGCAAGAUAUGAAUGCGCUACUGCACGCAAUGCGUGUGCAGAUAGCUGAAUUAACCUCGCAGCUCGCCGAGAUACAGGCCAACCCCCCUGUAGCAACCCCCUCGGUAGAGAAAAAAUUCAAUAAGAAAGUCGAAGUCGCGAAUUGGGACGCAUUCGCCGAUGACUUCGAGGUAGCUACUGCAGUGCUAUCUCGACUAAAAGGACCUGUGGCGGGUCGAUACGCCCAAGUUAGAUUGCAGGAGUGCUACACCGCGGGAGUGUGGCCCACCUGGGAUGAUCUCAAGAAGGAGAUCAAAAAAUACUUCAAACCACAGGCUGAGCGUGACUGGGCUCGGCAGCAAAUUUGUUCGUUCAAACAGGGAAACCUGAGGACGGAUGAUUACGUCACCCGGUUCCUGGCCCUCUCCAUCCAAGGAGGGUUAGGUAACGAACACGCAGUGGAACUGCUAGAACGCAAGGUCAACCCUCGCAUUGCAGAGCAGAUCUACCUGCAGGAUACGAGAAGUGACGACCUGGCUCUGGCAGCCGAGGAAGUCAGGCGAGUUGGUAGGGCCAUAGAGCUCUACGCUAUGCACCAAGGUGGCGGGUCCACCAAACAAACCACAUCAUCCCAGAGGCGCCCUGGGUCAUCAAACCAACAUCAAAAUCACUCUCACGGGUUUAGGCCGUUCGGGCUGCAGCCAGGACAGGGUGCUCCUAUGGAUAUCGGCGCGGUCCAAGGCGGACAAAUGCGCAGAUUCAAGGGCAGCUGUUACAACUGCGGCCAAGAGGGACAUAUGUCCCAAGACUGCAAAAAAGGGUUGCAGGCCGGCCAACAAAAAAAUAACCAAGGGCGCCAGGCGCGCCAAUUAGAAACCGAACAAUUGGAUGAUCGGCUCCACUCAUUGGCCGGUUGUUCUUACGACGAAAUCCGGGCUUUCUUCUACGACCAGCAGGUCAACAAGAUGAAGGCUCAGGGAAAAGAAUUCGGGGCUUAG